AUGUCAGAUUCAGAAAACCCGGACGUACCGGAGGAUAAAAAUCGGAUUUGGAGAGAUUCCGAUGAUGAAAACGAGGUUAAAAUAGAUGAACCACAAUGGUUAAAAAAGAGACGCACGGAACUCAAAGAAGAAUUAGGAGAAAGAGAGGAAGAUCAAGAUAAAAGAUUAAAGUUUUCAGGAGCCCUAACGAGAAUAAAACCAACCAAAUUUAAGUCAGGAGUAAGAUUUAAAAUAACGCAUCAGCAGGCCUCAAAAGAACCAAUAAGAAUAAACGGAGGAGUAAGGGAAAUAAAAUUUGAUCAAGAUUGUAAAUAUAUGUCAAUACUAGGUUACAAGGAAAAGGGAAUAAAGCUGUACCAUAUUAACGCAAGUAGCCUCUCAAACAAAAGUAAAUCGGAAAACAGAUUAAAACUAAAUCGCAAAAAAGAAUUAAAUUUUAGUAACUUUGUAACAACAGGAUCCUGUUUUAAAAAUGAUAACAUACUAAUAACAGGAAGAAAUAAGAAGUUAUUGAAAUACAAUAUAUUAGAAGAAAAAGGAACGGAUAUAUUCAGCGUGACUGUUCCAGAAAAUGAAAAGGCAUUUAAGGGAAUAUGUGCAUCAGAUAGACUAAACUUAUACGCAAUAUCGUGCGUAAACACAGGGACACUGUUGGUGUGUGAUUUUAACGAUAACGUACUGACACAUAACUUUAAAAUGGGAUCAGAGUGUAUUAUCUACGAGUUUGACCUGGUUGCGGGCAAGUGUAGGCAGAAGUUUAAAGAUGCACACUCCCAUGACAUAACCUCGUUUUCAGUGUGGGACGCAGAAGAAAACGGGUUCUACGCAACAGGAACAAAGUCAGGAUACGUGCAACUGUACAACUUAAAUACAACAAGAGCGUUCAAAGAGUUUGACAACAUAACCACGGAAAUAACGAGUGUGUGCGCAACCGAGGAGUUCACGCUGUUCUCGUCAAUACAUAAGAAGAAUGGGCUGAGAGUAGUGUACAACAGAGGAUACAACGUAGUGGCAAAUUGGCCGAACAACAUAUCAAAUCUGGGAAGAAUAAGCACAGCAGCAUUCUGUAGACAGUCAGACACGAUAGUAACAGGAACAAGAUCAGGAAGAGUCCAGUUCCACAAGAUCCUCAAGUAG